AUGACAGCUCAGGCCGAAUUACUCAACAUGUCACACGGUUCUAUGGCCAGCACAAUGCAGGAGCAAGUUGCGGUAGACGACCUGGGAUCAGACCAUUUCACCAGUCGCGUCGAUCCCGCCCGCAUGGGAAACAAGGCAAAUAUUGCCUACGGGGGUUGUACCAUCAGUAUCGGCGUUCAAGCGGCAUGCAGCACUGUAUCGCCCAAGUACCUGCUCUAUUCGGCGACGGGCAACUACCUAGGCCCGGCGUUGACAGACCGCAAGCUCAAAUGUGCCGUCCGACGAGUCCGCGAUACGAGAACAUUCGCUACGAGAUUGGUCGAGAUCAGCCAAGACCAGGACGAUGGCAAAUCCAGGCUCUGCAUGAUCAUGCUAGCCGAUUUCCAAGUGAAAGAAGAGGCUUCUCUUCUCGUGUACUCUGCGCCGCCAUCAAUGAGCUACUCACCGCCUGAGAAGUGUCUUACAACGCAGGAGGCCACUGAAGAUAAGGUGCGGAGGGGCGUCGUGACAGAAAAGCUGGGGAAUCUGUACCUGGCUACCUUUGGUUUCAACAACCGCUUCUUUGAGACCCGCGGCUGUCCGGAGACAGUUGCACCGAACAACCUCUACGGCAUGGCCAAGACUGUCAAGACGCCCCAGGAAAGUCUCGACUUGACAUCCAAGACAUCAGCUGAUUGGUUCCGCUGCCGCCAUUCCCUGGAGCGACUCCAAGAUCGGUUCUCUGCACUGGGGUUCAUUCUGGACGCAGCUCUGUCCUUCAUCCCCCUGACCCACAGCAGCAAGUUCCUGGAUGACGCCGGCCCUUGCUCCUCACUAGACUUUGCGUUGAGGUUCUUCACUGGAGAAAUCAACCUGGACAACUGGCACCUUAGAGAGAUGAAGACUAUCACUGGCAACGACGGCCGAACUUACACUGAAGCCCGACUUUGGGAUCAACAAGGAAACAUGGUCGCCACCAUGAAUCAGCAAUCUAUUAUGCGGCCUCUGAAGAAGGACAUUCAAGCCGCUCUCUAA